AGCGUCACAGCACUGCGCCAGCCUGUGCUCACUGCGAAUACGCCGGCCGUCGAUCUGUCUAAUAGGCCUGACAACCUCAGCAGCGUGAGUUGUGUCGCGCGUUCCGUAGUCCUCAGCAUUUGCUACUCAAUAUCACCAUGAAGCAGUCGGCAGCGUGGUUGGCGGCAUUGGCUGCCCUGUCCCCGGCCUCAGCAACUCCCGUCGAUCUCGAGGCUUUGGCAUUGGCCGAAUUGGUGCGACGAGCUGCUCCUGCCAAUGCACCCAACGGCUACACUCCCACCUUCGCACAAUGCCCCGCGAACCGACCAUCGGUGCGAAGCGCAGGCCAGCUGUCGCCGAACGAGACACAAUGGCUCGAGGUGAGGAGGAAUGCCACCAUUGAGCCUAUGAAGGCCUUGUUGAGCCGUUUGAAUAUCACCGGCUUGGAUAUCAAUCAAUACAUCGAUAACAACCGAAACAAUGCAUCUGCCUUACCAAAUAUCGGAAUUGCAGCAUCAGGUGGAGGCUACAGAGCCAUGUUGAACGGCGCAGGCGUCAUUCAGGCAUUCGACUCGAGAACACCAGGCUCCACGACUGGCAGGCAAUUGGGCGGUCUGCUGCAGUCAGCAACAUAUUUUUCAGGCUUGUCCGGAGGCAGCUGGCUGGUGUCCUCAAUCUACUCUAACAACUAUACCUCCGUCAGCGACAUCCUGUCUCAGGACACUGCCGACGAUGAUAGCAGCAGCUCGGGUCGCGUCUGGCAGCUCGAUAACACCAUUUUCACUGGCCCGGAGAGUGGCAUCCUCAGUGCUGUGGAUUACUAUGCUGGAUUGCUCGGUCAAGUGGGCGGCAAGCGGGAUGCCGGCUUCAACACCACCCUCACCGACUACUGGGGUCGUGCUCUCAGUUAUCAGAUCGUCAAUGCCACGGAUGGAGGACCAGACUUCACGUGGUCUUCCAUCGCCACGCAGGACUGGUUCACGCGUGGUGAUGCACCGCUUCCACUCGUUGUGACAGACAGCCGCAACCCAGGCGAGGAGGUCAUCUCGACCAAUUCUACCGUCUUCACUAUCACUCCCUGGGAACUCGGCAGUGACGACCCGACACUUUACGCCUAUGCUCCUCUUCAGUACGUCGGCACUAACUUCACCAAUGGCGAGGCAGUCGAAGGCGAGCAAUGUGUUACCGGUUUCGAUAAUGUUGGAUUUGUCUUCGGCACAAGCUCUUCCCUCUUCAACGCCAUCUUGAACACCGUCGAUAAUGCCAAUGCGACCGGCGCACUCUCAUCAGCGCUACAGGAUGCUCUUACAGGAGUGCUUGAGGCUCUUGGGCAGGACGAGGAAGAUAUUGCCGACUGGGUCAACCCAUUCCAAGGCUACAGAAAUGGCACGUUCCCUCAAGCCGCCGACCAGACCCUCACUCUCGUGGACGGAGGUCUCGAUGGUCAGAACAUCCCACUCAACCCAUUAAUCCAGCCAAACCGAAACAUCGAUGUCAUCUUCGCCAUCGACUCCUCCGCCGACACCAACGGCACAGAAGGCGGCGGUGAAUGGCCAACUCCCCAAUCAGGCGCCAACUGGCCCGACGGAACCUCCAUCCUCACAACCUACGAACGCUCCCUCAGCGACAUCGGUAACGGCACCAACUUCCCAGCCGUCCCAUCACGCAACACCCUCCUCAAUCUCGGCCUCGCCACAAAACCCACCUUCUUCGGUUGCGACACCUCGAAUUUCACAGAAGGCAACAUCCCCGCCCUCCUCGUCUACAUGCCCAACGGCCCCUACGUCUACUAUUCCAACACCUCCACCUUCGGCAAACUCUCCUACAACGACACCGAACGCAACGGAAUGGUCCUGAACGCUUACAACAUGGCCACUCAAGGAAAUGGUACAGUCCCCGGUUUCGAAGAUUGGCCGACUUGUAUCGGUUGCGCGAUUCUAAGCCGAUCGCUGGAACGAACGGGUACCACUGUCCCUGAUGUGUGCUCGCAGUGUUUCACAAAGUAUUGCUGGAAUGGCACGACGGACGACAGGACUCCGAGUACUUAUGAUCCUGCUUUGAAGUUGCCGGAUAGUGAGUUUAAUGUUGCUUCGGGAUCUGCUGGGCUUGUCAGUCAGAUCUCUUUGGUUACGAUGGUUGCUGUUGCGGCUGGUAUGGCGCUUUUGUGAUGAAAUACUUUUUGGUUAGGAUCUAGGGUUGGUUAUACCCAUUGGAUUUAUUUGGGUAGGGAAAGGAAAUCGGCAGAUAGGAUAGGGUAGGAAAGGAUCAUGUAGAAAUGAGAUCUCAUUUGAAUUUCAAC